CCGUGCUAUGUGGCUGUCUGUGUCCGGACAUGUAGCCAUCUGUCUGGCUCUCGCCAUUUCCCCCCACGUCUGGCUAUUCUUCAUCGCUUCCGCCUGGUUAGGCUUCUUCCGGGCCGUUACCAACACGGUGCCCUACAUUCUAGCCAAUCAAAUCUCACGGGAGCAAACGGGAGACAAAAACACUGGAGUAGCUAUCGCAUUAGUGGCCGCAAUGUUGCCGUGUGCUUUCGCGCUCUGCUCCGCCAUCAUGGGUCCGCUAAUGCACGUAACCAAGGACGCUGGCGUGCCCAUCUACUACUCUUCCGUGAACGGAAUUCUGGGACUGCUGUUUUUUGUCUUCAUCAAACUACGACAGUAGCAAGAGUUUUAGUGUAUUAUUUUAUUCGUAAUUGCUGUGUGUGUGUGUGUGUGUGUGUGUG